AUUUUGUGAAUGUUGGUCAAGCUUGAAUAAGAGACUGAAUUAAAUUUCCAUUUAUAAUAGAACAUAUUUAGUAGAAAAAUGGAGGUGAAAUUCAUGCUAAAUCAACAAGAGUAUACAAUUCGACCAAAUGAAGUGCCAAUUGAUACGAGUCUGUUAGUCUACAUUCGCAGUCAUGCUCGUUUAACGGGAACGAAAUUUAUGUGUCUUGAAGGUGGUUGUGGUGUUUGUAAUGUAAAUAUUUCAGGCAUUGUAACGCCAGCCGGUGAUCGUCGAACAUUUGCAAUUAAUUCGUGUUUGUGGCCAGUGUAUGCGUGUAAUGGCUUGAAUGUGACCACCAUCGAAGGAAUAGGCAAUUUGAAGAGUGACUAUCAUCCCAUCCAAAAAGCCCUAUAUCACUUCAAUGGCACUCAAUGUGGCUAUUGUUCUCCUGGAAUGGUAAUGAACAUGUAUGGUUUAUUGCAAGCGAAUGAUGGUAAAGUGACGAUGCAGCAGGUGGAAAAUUCUUUCGGUGGAAAUAUUUGCCGUUGCACUGGCUAUCGACCCAUUUUGGAUGCAUUCAAAUCUUUGGCAAGAGACUCGUGCGGUGGUGACGGUGGUGACGGCGUUGACAUUGAAGAUUUAACCCUUGAUUUGUGUCAUAUGAAUGAAAAUCGAAAGUGUUCAAUUGAAGGGAAUUGCAAUAAAAAGUGUGGCAUCAAUCGAAAUGUGUCGUUAGAGAUUUGUGGCGACGAUGGACGAAUGUGGUUGCGACCGGCCAAUUUGUCGGAAUUAAUGAGAAUUUUUUCAACCAAAACUAUGCAUACCGAAUACAUGUUGGUUGCUGGUAACACUGCUCAUGGUGUUUAUCGACGUUCAGAAAAUAUACAAAUUUUCAUUGACAUCAAAGCAAUUGAAGAACUUCAAACAAUUAAAGCAGACGAAUCAUCGUUGAUAUUCGGGGGAAAUGUGUCGCUUACCGAAUUGAUGGAAACAUUAAGGGGUGCAGCCACUAGAUGUAAUAAAUACACAUACGGCACGGAAUUGGCUAAACAUAUUGAUCUGGUUGCGCAUGUACCCGUUCGAAAUGCUGGAACGAUAGCAGGUAAUUUGUGUAUAAAGCAUGCACAUAAUGAAUUUUCAUCCGAUAUAUUUCUGUUGCUGGAAACAAUUGGUGCGCACCUGAAGAUUGCAUCAAUUGAUGGUUUGGUGCGUACUUAUUCGCCAAAAGAGUUUUUAUCCUUGGAUAUGUUGCAAAAGGUCAUUUUAAGCGUUGUAUUUCCAAAAUUGGCACCCGAUCAAUUUGUAUUUCGUUCCUACAAAGUAAUGCCACGCGCACAAAAUGCCCAUGCAAUGGUGAAUGCAGCCUUCCUUUUCGAAUUCGGUAUGAACGAUGGCAAAGCGUCAGUGAAAUCGUGUCAAAUUUGUUAUGGUGGAAUCAAUCCGCAAUUCAUACAUGCUGAAGCCACGGAAAAAUUGUUGACUGGCGUUGAUGAUUUUUAUACGGAAGAUGUUUUACAAAAAGCGAUCAAAUCGCUUCAAAAUGAAAUAGAACCGGACUCGGUUUUACCCGAUCCACCAGCCGACUACCGACAAAAGUUGGCCAUCGCAUUAUUCUAUCGAUUCUUUUUGAAUACGGCCCCAGCAGACAAAAUCAAGAGCGAAUAUUCUUUGGGUCGAACUGGAUUGGAUCGUCCAUUAUCGUCUGGCAUCCAAACGUAUGAAUCCGAUGAAAAGUCAUAUCCUCUCACACAACCGCUUACAAAGUAUGAAGGACUUAUACAGUGCACAGGUGAAGCUCAAUAUGUUAACGAUAUGUUUAGUGCUUCAACAGUGGAUAACGAAUUGUGGUGUGCAUUUGUGCCGGCGACUGAGGUUCAUUCAAAAAUUGUUCAGAUCGAUGCAACCAAAGCACUGAACAUUCCGGGCGUAGUUGCAUUCUUUUCAGCCAAAGAUAUCCCUGGUGAAAAUUCAUUUAUGCCAUUGAAUGCAGCAAUUGAUUACUUUAGUGAAGCUGAACCAAUUUUUUUGACGAUUGAUUCAGAAGUCCAAUUCAAUGGACAACCGUGUGGUGUUAUUGUGGCAAAAACGAUGGCUGUGGCACAUUCAGCAGCCACAAAAGUUGACAUUACAUAUGAGAAAUCGCAAAUUAAUCGACCGAUCAUUCCAUCUGUGAGGCAUUGGCGUCAAAAAAACGAAUCGAACGCAUGCAAAGAUAGAAAAACAUUUCGAAUUCCGCCAAAUCAAAAUUUGGCUAUGCCACUGAUUGGACAGGAAUUAAAAAUCAAAGGUGAUUUUGAAAUUGGAUCACAAUAUCACAUGACAAUGGAGCCUCAAACAGUAUUUUGUACCCCGAAUGAUGAUGGUGGCAUAAAUCUUCAUGUUUCGACACAAUUCUUAGAUUUAUCGCAUUGUGCGGUUGCAAACUGCUUAAAAAUGCCACAAAGUAAAAUCAUUGCCUCCUUUAAACGUUGUGGCGGUGGUUACGGUGCAAAGGUAACUCGUGUGUCACAAGUGGCUUGUGCGUGUGCAGUGGCCUGUCAUUUGUUACGAAUGCCAGUUCGGUUUGUCAUGAACAUUGAAUCAAAUAUGACCAUCAUGGGUAAACGAUACGGUUGUGCAGUGGAAUACGAUUUAAAAAUUGACUCGGCCACUGGCCGUUUAACUGAAUUGAAACCACUAGCAGUUACGUUGGAUUUUGGGUAUUCUAUGAACGAUGACACAUCAGGUUUCAUGCUACAUUGUAUGAUGUCCUUGGGUUAUGCGCAUGCAAGAGAAUGGCUUAUGAACAUCAAUCGUUUAAAAACGGACGCACCAAGUGCCACAUGGGCCCGAUCACCUGGAACCACUGAGACAGUUGUAAUUUUUGAAAAUAUGAUGGAACACAUAGCUCACGAAAUAAACAUUGAUCCGGCCCAAGUGCGAAUAAACAAUUUCCAUGCAGAUAGUCCACUGCAUAAAAUUUUUCCCGAAUUUUUAAAAGAUAUUAAUUAUUUCGAUCGUCGCGCGAAAAUUAAUGAAUUUAAUAAGCAGAAUCGUUGGCGUAAACGAGGAAUUGGAGUAUCGGUAAUGACAUUUCCAACACUGUAUGUGGCUUCGUUCAGUGCGUAUAUUGCCAUUUAUCACGGUGAUGGAACGGUUGCUAUUUCGCAUGGUGGAAUUGAAAUUGGCCAAGGCAUCAAUACCAAAGUUGCUCAAGUUGUUGCUCAUAUUUUCAAAAUUCCAAUGAACAUGAUCACGGUCACAGAGCAUAGCUCAAUUGUUAUGGCUAAUCGAACUUUAACGGGUGGCAGUAUUACAAGUGAAGCAGUUUGUAUGGCAGCGAAAAGAGCGUGCGAUCACAUUUUGGAACGCAUGAAACCCAUUCGGGAAAAGAAUCCGAAUGGCACAUGGCUUGAGAUUGUGCAAGCAUCUUGGAGAGCAUCCAUCGAAUUAACUGAAAAACAAACUUUCGAGAACCGAGAGGCAAAAAGUUAUAAUAUUAACGGGUGUGCUAGUGUCGAGCUUGAGCUUGAUGUCUUAACUGGAAAUUUACAAAUUCUACGCGCUGAUAUUCAUGAAGACACCGGCAAAAGUAUGAAUCCAUUGGUUGAUGUUGGACAAAUUGAAGGCGCAUUUAUGAUGGGAAUUGGUUAUUGGUUGAACGAACAAUUAAGCUAUGAUCAACAAACCGGCCAGUUAAUAACAAAUCGCACGUGGAAUUAUAAAGUUCCGGGUCCAAAGGACAUUCCAAUUGAUUUUCGGGUUAAAUUUUUACAAAAUGUAAAUAAUGAGGGCGUUUUUAGUUCGAAAACAACCGGUGAACCACCACUUACCCUAUCAGUUGUUUCGAUAUUUGCAUUGCGCCAUGCGCUCAAUUCAAUCCAUGAAGACAAUGGCCAAGCGAGAAAAUGGAUUCGUUUGGGCACUGGAAAUACACCUGAUGUAGUAUUCAGCGCUGCAGAACUGAACGUUGAUAACUUUAAAUUAAACUGAACAUUAACAAACCUGUUAUUGGAUACAUAUUAACAAUUCAUUUUUCUCUUAAUUCAUUUGUUUAUUCGGUAAAAAAAGUUUGAAUAAACUCGGCACAAUGACGACUGAUCGAAAAAUCUUGGAUAGACCGAUCGAUUACAAUUCAUUUGGUCUCAUCUUGCAAUUUAUAACCAUGGUUGCAGCCUUUGCGUUUUCA